AUGGCGCCCAUGGAGGUGAAGCUCCGCGUGGGCUCCAACGAGCCCUUUGUCCUCGAAGUGGACGACGAGGAGACGGUGGAAGCCUUGGCGGUGCUGGUGAUCUCCUUGAAGCCAGAGCUGGGCGAGCAGGAUUUGCCGCGGCUGGUGCACAAGGGAAGGGUGCUGAAGCACGAGCAGGUGGUGAAAGACCUCGGAAUUCAAAGCUCGGAGUUUGUGGUGGUCGUGCCAGCGAAGGGGCCAGAAGCAGAAGCACCUGCUGCCCCAGCUGCACCGGCACCGGCCGCCCCGGCGGCGCCGGCGGCUGCGGCGGCGGUGCCAGGAGCUUCCCCAGAGGUGGUGCAGAAUCUGUGCAGCAUGGGCUUUGAGCGGGCAAAGGUGGAGCAGGCCCUGGCGGCCGCCUUCAACAACGCCGAGCGGGCGGUGGAGUACCUCUUCAACGGUAUCCCUGCAACUGCUGCAGGUAUGGCCCCAGCGCCUGCAGGAGCCACCGGUCAUUGGGCAGAGGCCACUCUGGGCACGCAGCUCGUCACCAAGUCCGGGCUGCAGAGUACUGCGACGGCUCUCGCAGGCGCCAAGGUGGUGGCGCUUUACUUCUCCGCCCACUGGUGCCCCCCAUGCCGCGGCUUUACGCCGCAGCUGGCGGCGGCGGUGGCUGGGAACCGCUUCCCGCAGCUGGCGGUGGUCUUCGUGUCCAGCGACCGCAGUGAGAGCGACUUCCAGUCGUACUAUGGAGAGAUGCCCUGGUUGGCACUUCCAUUUGGCUCACCUCAGAAGGAGACUCUUGGCGUGACCUACCAGGUGCGGGGCAUCCCCUCCCUCAUCAUCCUGGAUGGCAGCACUGGCCGCCUGAUCUCCUCGGACGGCCGAACUGACGUGGCGAACUGCCGCUUCGACAUGGAGUCCUGCCUGCAGACUUGGGGGGUGGCUCCAGCGCCUGCACCGCCACCAGCGCCCAAGGAAGACCCGGGGCCACCCAAGAAGGCGCUCCCACCAGCCAUGGCCAUUGACGAGGAGAAGGCCCAGGCCGCUCUGGCGCGCGUGCUAGAGGAGGAAUGGGAGGUCCAGGAAGCCUUCUUCAAGACAGGCAUCAAGGUGCCAUCGCGGAUGGUCGGGACCCUCUACUACGUGGAGGAGGUCAAGUACAAGGCCGAGAAGGCCCUGAUUGCGGCGAAGUUCAAUGGCCUGUCCUUGAAGACAGCCAAGUUCGAUGCUCAGAAGGAUGUGAAGAAGCCUGGCUUCUAUGAGAAGAACCCCACCGGCAAGGUGCCCUUUCUUGAGACGCCGUAUGGCUGCAUCAGCAACAGCAAUGCUGUGGCAAGAUACGUGGCGCGGUGCCGGGCCGACACCGGGCUUUGCGGGGACUCCUUUUUGGAGGAGACUGACGUGGACCAGUGGCUAGACUUCGGCUACGAGGUGGAGACGCCGCUGAUGACGUGGCUCUACCCGGUGCUGGGGCUCAUGGAGAAUCAACCCGCGGCUGCCAGUGCCGCCCAGGAGGAUGUCAAGAAGGCGCUGGCGGCGAUGGAGACGCACCUGGCGCAGAGUGCGUUUCUGGCAGCGGAGAAGGUGACGCUGGCGGACAUCGUCUUGGUGUGCAUCCUCAAGGAGGGCUUUCUGAGGCUUUUCGACCCCGCCUUCCGCAAGCCUUUCCCCAAGCUCUGCCAAUGGUUCCAGAAGUGCUGCAGCAUGUCGCAGUUCAAGACAGUUUUGGGCGAGUUGCAGCUGUGUGAGAAGAUGCAAGGGCCGAGCGCAGUGGCAGGAGGCCUAGGUUUGAGCCCUGCGGACUUUGCCGGUCAGAAGGCGCCAAAGAAGGCAAAGGAGACCAAGGAGGAGCCAAAGAAGGCAGAGCCGAAAGAGGCAAAGAAGGCGGAACCCAAGAAGGAGGCGAAAAAGGCGGAGCCCAAGGCUGAGCCCAAAGCCCAGCCGGCCGCUGGCGGCGCUUCGGAUGCUGAAGUGAAGGCAGCGGGAGAUGCUGUUCGAGCGCUCAAGGAGAAGCUGAAGGCUGACGGGCUCAGCGGGAAGCAGGUCAACACCCACCCAGAGGUGCUGAAGCUUGUGGAGCAGCUGAAUGCGCUGAAGUCCGGCGCCGCGGCGCCCGCGGCGCCCGCGGCGGCGCCAAAAGCGGCGACCGUGUCAGAGGCGGACGUGAAGGCGGCUGGCGAUGCGGUGCGCGCUCUGAAGGAGAAGCUGAAGGCUGAGGGUCUCAGUGGGAAGCAAAUCAAUGAGCACGCUGAGGUGAAGCAGCUGGUCGAGAAGCUGAACUCCCUGAAGUCUUCCUUGGCUUAG